AUGGAGACGCUGCCGCUCGUACUGGGUCUGCUGGCGCUGGCCACUGGCUCGGCGGGGGACGAGACCCGCAUCGUGGGGGGGGAGAAGUGCGAGCGGAGGCUCCACCCCCACCAGGCCGUGCUGCUGGACCAGGGCGGGGCCAUUCACUGCGGGGGGGUCCUGAUUGGCCGCCGCUGGGUGCUGACCGCCGCCCACUGCCACACCCACAGCCCCCUGUCGAUCCGGCUGGGCGAGCACAGCCUGCGGGCGCGGGAGGGCACCGAGCAGUGCCUCACCUGGGCGCGCGCCAUCGUCCACCCCCGCUACAACGUCACCAGCCACGACAGCGACCUGAUGCUGCUGCGCCUGCGCCGCCCCGCCCACCUGAGCGCCCACGUCAGCCCCGCCCCCCUGCCCCGCAGGUGCCCCCGCGACGGGGAGAGGUGCGUGGUGUCCGGGUGGGGGAGCACCAGCAGCCCGCAAGGGUACUUCCCGGACGUGCUGCAGUGCGGGGUGGUGUUCACCUUGUCCAACCAGGUGUGUUCCCACCUGUACCCCGGCGCCAUCACCCCCGCCAUGCUCUGCGCCGGCGGCGACUCCGGCGGCACCGACUCCUGCCAGGGUGACUCCGGGGGCCCCCUGCUGUGCGGGGCGGAGCUGCAGGGCAUCGUGUCCUGGGGGAUGCAGGUCUGCGGCCAGCAGGGCAAGCCGGGGGUCUACACCAGGGUCUGCGCCUUCACCGCCUGG